UAGAAGAUUAGGGAGAGAGGUUGUACUGGGGAAGAAUUCAUGCGAAUAUGAAAUUCUUAUUCAAGUAACCAAAACCACGCCAUUCAAUUAUUGUGAUUUCUGUGUGCGUCAACCCCCUUCGUUUUGCCCUCCGUUUUUACCAAAGAGAUCAAGAUUCUCAAAACCCCCCAAUUUCCCCAAAAUUGGCAUGCCAAAAAUCCCUUCAUUUUUCCCAAUCUUUCUCUUUGAAUGUUUACUUUUUGGAAAUUGAAGACCUGUCAUGUUGUGAUCCCGUUUUCAGCUAAUUAUGAUCAUGCUUUAAUGUUUGAAGAUCUCGAAGGCGGUUCCUACGCGGUUAAUUCGUUCUAGGGUUUCUUUCUCUUUGCUUCAUCUCCUUUCUUAAUCUGAAUUUUUAGGGAAGAUGAGUGUUUCCAGAUCUCAGGUUUGGCAACCUUGUAAGAAGAAGAGACUUUGAUUUGAUUGAAAAAGUUCUUCGGGGGGAAAUGGAUGGUAUAUGCAUAUCUUAACUUGAUAUUUCUUUCGAUUUCGAAUAAAGAAGAUGGAAUAAUACAAUUUUUGGAAAGAUCGUCAAAGAUUCAUAGGAAUAUACUUGUAUAUUUCUGUAUAGAUAGAUAACAGACGGGGGUUUCAUUUGGUAUACUUUACAUAGAGGGUUAGAAGGAGGGGGUAAACAGAUGUCGUCGUCGCGACCUUCGAGGACAAGAGUCGGUAGGUAUGAGCUCGGAAGGACGCUUGGGGAAGGGACGUUUGCGAAGGUGAAGUUCGCUAGAAAUACUGAAACAAACGAGAAUGUUGCCAUCAAGAUUCUCGAUAAGGAGAAAGUUCUCAAGCAUAAGAUGAUCACUCAGAUCAAACGAGAGAUAUCAACAAUGAAACUUAUCAGACACCCAAAUGUCAUUCGAAUGCAUGAGGUUAUGGCAAGCAAGACAAAAAUAUACAUUGUUUUGGAAUUUGUCACAGGUGGUGAACUAUUCGACAAAAUUGCAACUAGAGGUAGACUUAAAGAAGAUGAAGCAAGAAAGUACUUUCAGCAGCUCAUUAAUGCUGUAGAUUAUUGCCAUAGUCGUGGUGUUUUUCAUAGAGAUCUCAAGCCUGAAAAUUUACUAUUGGAUGCAACUGGUUGUCUCAAAGUUUCUGAUUUUGGAUUAAGUGCACUUCCACAACAAGUUCGUGAAGAUGGAUUAUUACACACAACAUGUGGGACCCCAAACUAUGUUGCCCCUGAGGUGAUCAACAACAAGGGUUAUGAUGGAGCUAAGGCUGAUUUAUGGUCAUGUGGUGUAAUUCUUUUUGUUCUUAUGGCUGGAUACCUUCCUUUUGAAGAAUCAAAUCUUAUGGCUUUAUACAAGAAGAUAUUCAAGGCUGACUUUUCUUGUCCUCCAUGGUUCUCUUCAAGUGCAAAGAAGCUAAUCAAAAGGAUUCUGGAUCCUAAUCCUUUAACAAGAAUUACAACAGCUGAAGUGGUGGAGAAUGAAUGGUUUAAGAAAGGAUAUGUGCCACCUAGAUUUGAACAAGAGGAUGUUAGUCUUGCUGAUGUGGAUGCUAUUUUCAAUGAAGCUGGGGAUUCUCCUAUCCUUGUAGUGGAAAGGCGGGAUGAACGCCCUGCUCAACCUGUCACCAUGAAUGCUUUUGAGCUAAUUUCUAAAUCUCAAGGCCUCAAUCUCAGUUCUCUUUUUGAAAAACAAAUGGGGCUUGUGAAGCGUGAAACAAGAUUUACAUCCAAAUGUCCAGCCAAUGAGAUUAUAUCAAAAAUAGAAGAAGCUGCUACUCCACUUGGAUUUGAUGUCAAGAAAAAUAACUACAAGUUGAAACUUCAAGGCGAAAAGACUGGACGCAAGGGUCAUUUAUCUGUUGCAACAGAGAUUUUUGAAGUGGCACCUUCAUUGCACAUGGUUGAGGUUCGAAAAGCAGGAGGAGAUACAUUAGAAUUUCACAAGUUUUACAAGAACCUUUCUACUGGAUUGAAGGAUAUUGUGUGGAGAAAUGGAGAUGAAGCAAAUGGAGAUCUGAAUGGUACUACCACUACACUACCUCCUUGAUAAUGGAUUUUUGGAUGUUUUGGUUAUUAUUUUUAAUUUCUUGUUUUCGUUUGAUCUAUAUAUAAUUAUAUAUUUAUAUAUUGUCAUGACUAAAACACUAAACUAUGUAAUGUAAUGGUUUUCAUACGAUUUUAUGAUGAAUGAUGUUUAAUAGAA